UGUCAACUCCCUUCUCCGCGCCCUCAUUUUCCCGCCACCGUCGGAAAGCAAACCCUAGCGACAUCGCCAUUGGCAGUUUGGAAGAGCUUCAAUCGAAUCCUAUGGUUCAAUUUCACGAGCACAUAAUCACAGAGCUUCUGGAGGACUCUAAUGGAGGUUUAGUAAUAAUCUCUUCAGGUUUGAAUCUUGCGAAGCUUGUUUCCUCCCUCCUCCUCCUUCACUCUCCGUGCCAGGGCACUUUGCUUCUCAUAUCUCCAUCUUCUCACUACCAAAUCUCGCUCAAAUCCCAAAUCCUUUUCUACCUCAAGCGUCAUCAAUCCGAUUCUCUAACUUUCCCCUCUGAAAUCUCUGCCGACCUCCCUGCUCAUCACCGUCUUUCUCUCUACUCCUCCGGGUCUGCUUUUUUCGUCACCCCUCGAAUUCUUAUCGUUGAUCUUCUCACGCAUAAACUUCCCACUUCUAACAUUGCCGGGCUUAUUCUUCUCAACGCGCAUUCUCUAUCGGAAACAUCCACCGAAGCUUUCAUUGUCCGAAUCAUCCGCUCCCACAAUCGAAAUGCCUAUGUUCGAGUUUUUUCUGAUAAGCCACACGCGAUGGUUUCUGGGUUUGCUAAGUCAGAGCGGAUCAUGAAGUGCUUGUACGUUCGUAGGUUGCAUUUGUGGCCGAGGUUUCAAGUUUACGUUUCGGAGGACUUGGAGAGGAACCCACCAGACGUGGUGGAUAUAAGGGUGCCAAUGACGAAAUACAUGGUGGGGAUACAAAAAUCCAUAAUUGAGGUUAUGGACGCGUGCUUGAAGGAGAUGAGGAAGACUAAUAAAGUUGAUGUUGAGGAUUUGACAGUUGAGAAUGGGUUAUUCAAAUCAUUCGACGAAAUUGUGAGGCGGCAGUUGGAUCCAAUUUGGCAUACAUUAGGGAAAAGGACGAAGCAGCUCGUGUCAGACUUGAAAACUUUGAGGAAAUUGUUGGAUUAUCUUGUUAGGUACGAUGCAGUGACUUUCUUGAAGUAUCUGGAUACUCUGAGGGUGUCUGAGAGCUUUAGGUCUGUCUGGAUAUUUGCAGAAGCGAGCUACAAGAUCUUUGACUAUGCUAAGAAACGGGUAUAUCGAUUUGUUAGAGCUGAUGGUUCGAAAGUAUUUGAGCAGGGUAAGGGUGUGGUUGGCAAAAGGCGAAAAUUGAAAGGAGACAACAAGAAUGAGGAAGAGGGUACGACUGGUAGGAUAACUUUGGAUGAAGUUCUGGAAGAGGCGCCAAAGUGGAAGGUCUUACGUGAUGUUCUCGAAGAAAUAGAAGAGGAAAGAAAGAAGCGGCUCUCUGAAGGAGAAGAGAAUCUGCUAGAAAGUGAUGAGGACAGCAGUGGCAUUGUUCUAGUGGCAUGCAAAGAUGAGCGCUCAUGCAUGCAGCUGGAAGAAUGCAUUAUGAACAGCCCGCAGAAGGUCCUACGGGAAGAAUGGGAGAAUUACUUGCUGAACAAAAUACAACUGCGUGACAUGAAACCCCAUAAUAAAAAGAAACACAAGAAUCCCAAAGGUUUUGGGGUUCUUGAUGGAGUAGUUACGAUAACACCUGUACAAAAUGCUGAAGCUAGCAGCUUAAACAAACAGGAACGUGAUGCACUAUUAGCAGCAGCAUCAGAAAUAAGAAAUCGAGAAAAAAAUGAUUCUGCUGUUGGGGGUGAUCGACGGAAUGACAUGGAUGGUACAGAACAAGCCACAGGAAAGAGAGAAGAAAGGAGUAAAAAAGGUGCUUCCAAGACUAAUAAUCCGGGGGAUAAAAGAACAGUUGAUAAUCAGAAGGUAGCAAUUGCCGAUCCCCAGCCUAAAGAUGAUAAUAAGGGAUAUUCAAAGGGAAAGAGAAAACUAAGGAGUAAAAAGGUUGCCGUCAAUGUUGGGGAUUCUAAGGAUAAAAACGUUGGAAAUCAUAAAGCAACAAUAGAUGAUGAAGUUGAAGCAUGUCCAUCAGGUUGUGAAGAUCAGAUGAAUAAGAAAAAUCCAAUGGUUUUGGAUGGGUUUUCUGAAGCCGCUUGCCUAGCUGCACCUUCAGAGGAAGGGAAGGAGGGAGAAGAGCUGAAGCUGCUACCUCCAGUGCAGUUUUAUGCCCUUGAAAGCGAUCAACCUGUCCUAGACACCUUGAAGCCUUCCAUUGUUAUUGUGUACCAUCCAGAUGUAACUUUUGUGAGGCAGAUAGAAGUCUAUAAAGCUGAGAAUCCAUCAAAACAUUUGAAGGUCUAUUUUAUUUUCUAUGAAGAUUCUACUGAGGUGCAAAAAUUUGAGGCGAGCAUUCGGAGGGAGAACAGGGCAUUUGAAUCUUUGAUCAGACAGAAGUCACUGAUGAUGAUCCCAGUUGAUCAGAAUGGCUACUGCUUAGGAUUAAACUCGUCCGUAGAACCACAAGCUACAACACAGAAUUCAACAAGAAAGGCCGGUGGAAGAAAGGACGUGGAGAAAGAAAUGCAGGUCAUUGUGGACAUGCGGGAGUUUAUGAGUAGCCUUCCAAAUGUUCUUCACCAGAAAGGCAUGCGCAUAAUUCCAGUGACAUUAGAAGUUGGGGAUUAUAUUCUUUCACCCCUUAUAUGCGUUGAGAGAAAGAGUAUUCAGGAUCUCUUCAUGAGCUUUGCUUCAGGACGCCUUUAUCAUCAAGUAGACACAAUGGUGCGCUAUUACAGAAUACCUGUUCUACUAAUUGAAUUCUCACAGGACAAAAGCUUCUCGUUUCAGUCUGCAAGUGAUAUUGGUGACGAUGUGACACCAACAAACAUUAUGUCUAAGCUUUCGCUGCUCGUUCUUCAUUUUCCCCGUCUUCGAAUAAUUUGGUCUCGCAGUCUCCAUGCUACUGCUGAAAUAUUUGCCUCUCUGAAGGCAAAUCAAGAUGAACCUGAUGAAACCAAGGCUGUUAGAGUUGGGGUUCCAUCUGAGGAGGGCAUUGUCGAAAAUGAUGUGAGAGCGGAAAAUUACAACACCUCAGCCGUGGAGUUUCUAAGGCGACUUCCGGGUGUAACGGAUUCAAAUUACAGGGCAAUAAUGGAUGGAUGCAAGAGCUUAGCAGAGCUCUCCCUUCUACCUGUUGAGAAGCUUGCAGUACUAAUGGGUGGACAGCAAGCUGCAAGAACUCUCAGAGACUUCCUUGAUGCGAAGUAUCCAACCUUAUUGUGAUUGAUUUAUUGAGGCCGAGGCCUCUUUAUUAUCUUUCUUCAACCUUCCAAUCCAACUUCAGAGCUGUGAAGAAAAGGAGGCUUUAUUUAACCAUAAUUCUUCAUUACAAAAUUUCACACAGUUUCUAAUUUUAUGCAAAAUAGAUUCUUAACUAAAUUUAUAAAGUUAUUGUACAAUUGUUUUAUUGGUCUUCCUACCUUUUGUUAGGUUUAAGUCUUCUUGUACUGCUCUGAAUGUGUGUACAAUUAUUCAAGGGAGUUUCUGAGCUUCAUCUGAAUCAUAAUGUAGAAUUUUUUUCUA